CAACUAAAAUCCCGUGGUCCACCGUUGAGGGACCCCGCAGAGCAGUAAAUAAAAACGUUGCUGCCCGAAUUUAACCUAUAUUUACUCCUAUUGAUUAAAUUUAUUUUGUAAUAGUCUAUGGUCUAUCAACAACGUGAUGGCGGGCGGUGAUGAUCUGGAAAAACGUGCGAUUGAGGAGCUCCUCAGAGAGACGGACAGGGCUCGGGUGAGAGCGGAGACCAUGGGCCCUGCAGGAUGGUUGAAGUGCCCCCUGCGGACCACCAACAAGCGCUUCCUUCUCAACACGCUGCGCUCCACGGGCCUGCGGCGCCGCAGCGAGGAGCCCAGACGGGGACACUCCACCACAAGAGGGCGCCUGAGGAGCGAGUCCCCGCACAGAAGCCGCGACCGAAGCAGAACGCCGCACAGGGAUCAUAGUCCCCGGGACAAGUUAGAUCACAAACAUCAGCCCCGAGACAGGCACAAAACCAAGGAUCAGAAACGGGACAAAGAAAGAGAAAGCAACAGACACCAAGACGUUAGACACCGAAGACGCAGGGAAGAUGGACAUGCAGACACAAAACCAGACACAGACUAAGUUCAUUAAGACCACGGAACAGAGGUGGACCUUCUUAAAACUGUUCUCUGAUCAGUUUACGCACCUUAAAGAGCUGCUGUCACUCCGAAAGAGCAAAGAAAAUUGUGUGUUAGUUAAUCAACUCCUUCCACAUGAAUUUAAAUAAUUGAUUAAAAGCCUAUAGAAGGAUAAUUACUUAAAAGCA